UAAAGGAGGUUAAGUGCCCUGCCUUGCAUUUCCACAGCUAGAACCAUGACACUACAUAUGUGGUUAUGAUUAAUUGAUUAUGAUUUGAAAUGAUUAUCAUGCUUAGGAAAUCGAAGCUGUGGUUAGAAAAGAUUCAAGUCAUCCAGCUGACUGUAAAAUGGGAGUGAACUGGUGUCAUGAAUAGUCUCAUUUAAUUAGAGACCUAGACUCAAAGGACUCAUGGUUGUUCCUGGUAUGAAGAACUUGUGAGACUUCCACUUGACUGUUCUUUGGUGCAGUGGGUGGAGCCAGCCUUCCUCAUUAGAAUAAGGUAAACAGAUUCAACCCAGUUAUAAAUGGAAAAAAUAUGUGUCCUCAGUCACUGAGGGUUGUAGAGAGUGGUGCCUGGCUGGAGAACUCAGUGCAGUGGAGAGAAGGGAGCAGAGCAUGAGUUCCAUGGCAAAAUCCAUUGGGAUCAUCGGAGCGCCUUUCUCAAAGGGCCAGCCACGAGGAGGGGUGGAAAAAGGCCCCACAGCACUGAGGAAGGCUGGCCUGCUGGAGAAACUUAAAGAACAAGACUGUGAUGUGAAAGAUUAUGGGGACGUGCCCUUUGUUGACGUCCCUAGUGAUCCUCCCUUUCAAAUUGUGAAGAAUCCAAGGUCUGUGGGCAAGGCGAAUGAGCAGCUGGCUGGUGUGGUGGCAGAAGUCAAGAAGAACGGAAGGACUAGCCUGGUGCUGGGUGGAGACCACAGCAUGGCUAUUGGAAGCAUCUCUGGCCAUGCCAGGGUCCACCCAGAUCUCUGUGUCAUUUGGGUGGAUGCUCACACUGAUAUCAACACUCCACUGACAACCACAAGUGGGAACUUGCACGGACAACCUGUGUCUUUCCUCCUGAAGGAACUAAAAGGAAAGAUACCUGAUAUACCAGGAUUCUCCUGGGUGACUCCUUGCCUAUCUGCCAAAGAUAUUGUGUAUAUUGGCCUAAGAGAUGUGGACCCUGGGGAACACUACAUUUUGAAAACUCUGGGUAUUAAAUAUUUUUCAAUGACUGAAGUGGAUAAACUGGGAAUUGGCAAGGUGAUGGAAGAAGCACUCAGCUAUCUACUAGGAAGAAAAAAAAGACCAAUUCAUCUGAGCUUUGAUGUUGAUGGAUUGGACCCAUCCUUCACACCAGCUACGGGCACACCAGUCACGGGAGGUCUGUCUUACAGAGAAGGUCUCUACAUUACAGAAGAAAUUUACAAAACAGGGCUACUCUCAGGAUUAGAUAUAAUGGAAGUGAACCCAUCUCUGGGGAAGACUCCAGAAGAAAUAACUCGAACAGUGAACACAGCAGUAGCAAUAACCCUGGCUUGCUUCGGAGUUGCUCGGGAGGGUAAUCAUAAGCCUAUUGACUACCUUAACCCACCUAAGUAAAUGUGGAAACAUCUGUAAAAAUCUCACAGCUAAUGUCAUAAUUAGCUAAUCUAAUAAUUUACUUAAGCUUACAGUUAUCCUCCCAAAGGUUUGGUCUUUCUGAAAAAUGUUCUGCCUUGUAAAGUAUUAGUAUAAUUAAUAUGAGCUACCAAUUCCCUCUUGGUGUGAAAGUCAAGACUUGGAAAUCCUAACUUUUGUGUAAUUAAAAAGACACCUAGGGUGAGACUCUUGAUAUCAGGAGAUAAAGAUACCCCACCUGAAAAGAGACCAUAUUCCCAGGUUGUUCAAAAGAUGUGAUCUUUAUAAUAAACUCUUUAUAUUAAGGUUC